GCCAAAACCAUGCAAAACGCAAAACGCAGAACGCAAGAAAAAGAUUUUGGAUCCAGAAGGCCCCAAACCAAAGCUGAGCAUUGCAAUACAGUUGACUUUAUCCAUUCCUUUAGACCAUGUCCUUGGUACCACUACGCCGAGUGGUUGUGACGGGUAUGGGAGCCAUCACUCCUGUGGGCAACACAUUGACAGAAUCGUGGAAGCGAGCAUUGGACAACACCGAGCCUGGAGUAACGACACUGGAACAUGCCUUGCUAUGCCAAAGUUUGCCCGAAGAGCAGUUGGAGCGAGAAUUACAGGCGGCUCGUGCCUUGCCUUGUCAGGUAGCAGCACCGGUUCAAUGUGGUGAUGAUGAUUAUUUGACCCAUGAUACUCGAACACCUCGGUUUGUCCAAAUGGCACUGCGAGCUGCCAGGGAAGCCUUGGAACAAGCAGAAUUACUACUACAAUCAUCAUCUGACGGCGACAAGGACACGACAACAUCUCUCAUUCCCUCCAUGGAUCCCGAUCGAAUUGGCGUUUGUAUAGGAAGUGGCAUGUCGGGAGUCCGUGAAAUUGUGGAAGCGGCCCGCAUGGUCGAAACCCGAGGCUUAAGACGGUUGAGUCCUCAUUUUGUCCCCAAAGUCUUGGCCAAUACAGCAGCUGGCAGAGUUUCGCUUGAAUUUGGUUUGAGAGGUCCCAAUCAUGCCGUAUCGACAGCCUGUGCUGCAGGCACUCAUGCCCUGGGAGAUGCUGCUAGAUGUAUUCAAUACAACAAUGCCGACAUUAUUGUGGCGGGUGGAGCCGAAGCAUGUAUCGAUCCACUGAGUCUGGCCGGAUUCACUCGUCUCAAGGCAUUGUCGACCAAUUUUACACAAGAGCCGACCCAAUCCUCGCGUCCGUUUGAUCAACAGCGGGAUGGAUUUGUCAUGGGAGAGGGAGCCGCCGUGUUGGUAUUGGAGGAACUCGAACAUGCCAAGGCACGACAAGCUCCCAUUUUGGCCGAAUUGUGCGGUUAUGGCCUCACGGGAGAUGCCUUUCAUGUGACGGCUCCGCAUCCGGAUGGAUUGGGGGCAGGACGAGCCAUGCAAAUGGCACUCACUCAGGCAGCUCACGGCAUGGAAUCAUUGGAAUCAAUGGAAGAAUUGUUGUCCCGCGUUGGAUAUGUCAAUGCCCAUGCCACUUCCACUCCCAAAGGAGAUGAAAUUGAAGCCAAAUGCAUUGAUCGAAUAUUUUCCAAAGCAGCAACCACACGACAACAACAUCCCUUGUUCGUCAGUAGUACCAAGGGAGCCACGGGCCACUUGCUCGGUGCAGCGGGGGCCAUUGAGGCCGCCUUUACCGUCUUGGCAUUGGUUCACCAGGAAAUUCCACCAACUUGCAACCUAGAGAACAUUGAUGAUGAAGCGGAAGAGCCAUUGCAUGGAUUUCAGCACGUCAGGGGAAGCAGUGCCAGAGUGAAGGAUAUGGAGUUUGCCAUGAGCAACAGCUUUGGAUUUGGGGGAACCAAUGCAUCCAUUAUACUGAAACGGUGGGAUCCAUCCACCAGCCACUAGCUAGCCAGGUACCGGUAACCAUAUUUGUAGAAUCCACCGUAGCUAUUUUAAAAGUAGGCAGCCAUCAAUCCAA